UUUCGCCAUUUGCUUUGUCGCUUUGUCGCACUGUGUGGUAUUUCUAGUACUGUGAUCAAAGUUAAAUAAAACACAAGGAAAAUGGAGAUGUCCUUAAAUCCGGUGCGCGUCCUCAAGAGCGAGGCGGAGGAGGAUAAAGCCGAAAUGGCGCGUUUAUCUUGCUUCAUUGGUGCCAUUGCAAUCGGCGACCUUGUCAAAAGUACUCUGGGACCUAAGGGCAUGGACAAAAUUCUUGUCUCCUCUGGUCGCAAUGCUGGUCAUAUUGAAGUCACCAACGAUGGUGCAACCAUAUUGCGUGCCGUUGGCGUAGAUAAUCCCGCUGCAAAGAUUCUUGUCGACAUGUCUCGAGUGCAAGACGAGGAAGUUGGUGAUGGUACCACAUCGGUGACUGUUUUAGCCGCCGAAUUGUUGCGUGAAGCUGAAAAGCUGGUCGAGCAGAAACUCCAUCCACAGAUAAUUGUUUCUGGCUGGCGUAUAGCUACGCAGGUUGCAUUGGAUGCUCUCACAGCUGCAGCCCAAGACAAUUCAACAAACAAUGAGAAGUUCAAGAAGGAUUUGAUGAACAUUGCACGCACCACACUUUCAUCGAAAAUUUUGCAUCAGCAUAAGGAUUUCUUUGCCAAUUUGGCUGUCGAUGCUGUGAUGCGUCUAAAGGGUUCUGGCGAGCUGAACUCCAUACAGAUCAUCAAGAAGACUGGUGGUACAUUGGAAGACUCGUUCUUGGAUGAAGGCUUCCUGCUGGACAAGAAGCCCGGCGUGCACCAGCCUCAACGCAUUGAGAACGCAAAGAUUCUCAUUGCCAACACACCAAUGGACACAGACAAGAUUAAAGUAUUUGGUAGCAGCAUUAAGGUGGACUCACUGGCCAAAAUCGCCGACUUGGAAAUGGCCGAGAAGGAGAAGAUGAAAGAAAAGGUUGACAAGAUAUUGAAGCAUAAAUGCAAUGUGUUUAUCAAUCGCCAGCUUAUCUAUAAUUACCCUGAGCAACUGUUUGCCGACGCCAAUAUCAUGUCCAUUGAGCAUGCCGAUUUUGAUGGCAUCGAACGCUUGGCUUACUGCACUGGCGGCGAAAUUGUCUCGACAUUCGACAAUCCAGCUCUAGUCAAAUUGGGCGAAUGCCAACUGAUUGAGCAGGUUAUGAUUGGCGAGGACACAUUGCUCCGUUUUAGCGGCGUUAAAUUGGGCGAGGCUUGCACUGUUGUCAUUCGUGGCGCUACACAGCAGAUUCUGGAUGAGGCCGAUCGUUCCCUGCACGAUGCUCUUUGCGUACUGGCUGCCACAGUCAAGGAGUCGCGCAUUAUCUAUGGUGGUGGCUGCUCAGAGGCAUUGAUGGCCACAGCUGUGAUGAAGAAGGCAUCCGAAACCGCCGGCAAGGAAGCUAUUGCCAUUGAGGCCUUUGCACGUGCCUUGCUGGCGCUGCCCACAGCCAUUGCCGAUAACGCAGGCUACGAUUCAGCACAGCUGAUCUCGGAGCUACGCGCAGGACAUGCCCAGGGCAACCAUAACCUAGGUCUCGAUAUGGAGCAGGGCAAAAUAGGUGAUGUCCGUGCACUGGGCAUCACCGAAUCCUUUGCGGUGAAGCGCCAGGUGCUCUUGUCCGCCGCAGAGGCUGCUGAAAUGAUUCUGCGUGUGGACGACAUUAUAAAGUGUGCGCCACGCCGACGUGUGCCUGAUAGGGGUUACUGUUAAACUUAAGUAUUCGUAUCGUAUCUAGGAUCGUUUACAUUUAUUUUAAAAACUCGUCUAACAUCAUCUCUAUUUUAAUGUUUUGUUUAAACUAAUUACCCACGCAUUACAUUAAAAAAUCAACAAAUACACCCACAAUACACAAAACAAGAUAGAAAACCUUAAAAACGAAAUUUUCUGUCAUUAAACUGCAUUUGGCAAAAUACUAUUAAUAUGAACAAAUGAUAAAAUCUACAAAAAAGAGCGAUUAGCUCGCAAACGAAUACACACACACACACAUUUUAAAAAUGUCUAAAACUACAAACUAUCAAAUGAAUACAAUCUUUGUAAACAUUUUGAUAAAACGUUAAACCAAACUGCAAACGAAAAUAAAAAUAAUAUUUAUGCUUAACAACCAAA